AUGAGCUCAGCAGAAGACAGCAUGUCAAGCGUGAACAGUGAGCCCAUGCGGGACGUGGUGUACCCCCUCGGGGAGGCGACGGAGGUGCCGGGCACAAACGGGGGCCUCUUCAAGACGGUCCUUGUGGCUGGCACCGGAACGCGACCCGUAAAAGGUGCAAAGGUGACAGUCCACUACGUCGGUACACUCGAGGCGGAUGGGUCAAAGUUCGACAGCAGUCGUGACCGUGGGGAGUACUUUGAGUUUACCCUGGGCCGUGGGCAGGUUAUCAAGGGCUGGGAUAAGGGUGUGGCCACAAUGCAGAUUGGCGAGAAGGCGGUAUUGAAGUGCUCACCAGAGUAUGGCUACGGUGCCGCUGGCAGUCCACCGAAGAUUCCGGCCAAUGCCACGUUGUUGUUUGAGGUGGAACUUUUUGACUGGACGCGCGAGGAGGACGUCUCGGAGGAAAAAGACAAGUCCAUCAUGAAGAACGUCACCGUGGAAGGUGUCGACUACGAAAAGCCUGGGUACGAGUCGACGGUAAAGAUCGACCUCCGCGUCUACUGCGGCCCUCAGAAAGAGGGUAAACUCCUGUGCGAGCGCCUCGGCUGGCAAAUUGUGCUGGGUGAUGUGGCAGUGCCGCCGCACCUUGAACUGUGCCUCUCAUCCAUGCACAAGCGUGAGGCGGCGGCGUUCCGCAUCGCUGGCCACCGGAUUUCAGAGCCGUGUGAGGAAUUCAACAUUUCCGCAGGUGAACAAGUGACGUACGUGGUGGAGCUGCAUGAACUUGAGACGGUAAAAACGUGGAAGUUUCAGGGGCAGGAGCGUCUUGAUGCGUGUGAGCGGCGGAGGCAACAGGGGAAUGACGCCUUCCGUGCCGGGAAACUGGACGUGGCCGAGCGGAAGUACCGUCGUGCGCUGGAAUUUGUUGAGACUGACAGCGGCCUGAACGACAAGGAAGAGGAAAAGGAGGCAGCACGGAAAGCGCGUGUUGUUUUGUGGGGCAACCUCUCGCAGGUGCUGCUAAGCAAGCGGAGAUUCAAGGAUUGCAUUGAAUACUGCGACAAGGUCAUUGGAGUGGAGCCACAGAACGCUAAGGCACUCUAUCGCCGCGCCAAGGCAAAGGACGUGUUGUGUGAAUGGGAUGAGGCCAAGCGGGACGUGGAACAGUUGCUCGCCAUCGAUGCGCAGAACCCCGACGCAAAGGUGCUUCUGCAGCACGUGCAAGAGCAACGAAAGGCCUAUGAAAAGAAGCAGCGGUCAAUUUAUAAGAAUAUGUUCGCAUCCUAG